AUGAGUUACUCCGCCGAGUUGAAGAAUGGUAUUAGUGAAGAAGUAGCCGUCGACCCCUACAUAGCCAUCGUACAGGAUGCUGAUAGAUUAGAUGCUAUUGGGGCCAUUGGCAUUUGCCGAUGCAUGGUGUAUUCGGGGGCCAAUGGACGUCCUAUUGUUAGUGAGGGUGGGGAGGAGGAGAUGAAGUUGCGACGAAAAUACGCGAAGAAGAGUCGGUCAGCAGUUGCCCACUUCUACGAGAAGUUGCUCCAACUAAAGGAGAGUAUGAAGACGCGGACGGGCGGGGAGAUGGCUGAGGAGAGGCAUCAAUUUAUGCUUCAAUUUCUCGAUCAACUAUUCGACGAAGUUAAGGGUGUCAAAUGA